GAAAACAAACUUUUUGAAUGUUUCUCAUAAGAACACUUUUCAGCUAGAAAAAAAAUACAAAUGGAAUCCAAGAAUAAAGAGGAUGAAGAAGAAAAGUCUUCAUAUGAAUCGCUACCAAAGUCUUCUAAUGACAAACUACUGCUUAACAAUCCACGAAUCAUGGCUUCAAUUCAAACGAAGUUCGAAGAUUUCGAGAAUGAACUUCAAGGAGUAGCAUGUCUCAGUGAAAAAGAAAUAUGGACAUGCGGAAAUGAAAAUGACUCCAUAAUUUUGUAUAAUCUACAAGGAGAAGAGAUUAAGUGUAUCAAUACGAAAUCGGGUAACAUGCCUUGGGAUAUAGCAGUUACUAAAUUAGGGGAUCUUUGUUAUACCGAUGCUAAAGAAAGAACUUCGAAUAUUUUCAAAAACUCAUAUUCAGGUAUACAUGAAGUCAUCCGGUUAGAAUCUUGGAUACCUCGCAAUCUAUGCUGCGACUCGUCCGGCGAUUUUCUCGUAAUAAUGGAUAGCAAUGACGCUAAACAAUCAAAAGUUGUGCGGUACGCUGGUAACAUAGAAAAACAGACAAUACAGUACAGUGAAAAGGAUGAACGACUUUAUUCAUCUAGUUCUUUUAAAUACAUAUGUGAGAACAAACAUUUAGAAAUAUGUGUCGCUGACAAAGUAGCAAAUGCAGUGGUUGUAGUAAGCCAUUCUGGAUUAUUAAGAUUUACAUAUACUGGGCACUCUUCUCAGAUGUCGUUUACUCCGGUAGGUAUCGCCACCGACAGCACGUGUCUUAUUCUUGUAGUAGAUCAUGACCACCAGAUUAUACACGCUGUGGAUCAGGAUGGACAAUUUAUCAGCUACAUUAAAAACUGCAACUUACAGUCCCCAUGGGCUAUAUGUGUAGUCAGCAAAGACAGACUCUUCGUGGCUGAGAGUUUAACAGGGCAAGUGAAGAACAUUGAAUAUAAAAACGUUUGA